AGAAUGUUUUCGGCCAUGUUUGUGAGUGGCAUCUUCAUUGCGUUAUAAUCUGCUAAAUAAAUUGUAUUAUUAAAACUCUACUGAUGACUUUAUAUAUUCACAAUUUCCACUAAAGCUCUAUUUCGUGAUCGAAUUCUAAACUUUUAACAUGACGACUCGGUGUGCGGGGCGGAAGUGUGGAAGCGCUCGUCUGUUUCCGUCCGUGUGAAGAUGCGAUUGCUAGAGAUUACUGAGCCAGAUCGAGAUGAAGACAGGUCCUGCUGCACAGGUCUAAAUGUCAUUUUACGCUACAGUAAUCUGACUGACAUUGAGCAGAAUUCACACAGUGCUGUGGUGCCAUGCGGCUGUGGCUUCAGGAGGUGUUUGUGUGGACGACUCUUCACCUGUCUGCUCACGUCUCACGUCAUUUACCUUUGGAGAAAGGUCUGUGCUCUUAGUUGGAAGAUGCCCAGUGUGGAGCUGAGGAUGCGCAGAUGGAAAUGGCCCGUCCAGUUUACCUCACUGUACCUGAGCUGUCUGUAUUUCCUCUGUUCAGUCUCUGGGGUUUCGGGCAGCUUAUGCACAGUAACAGGUGGUGUCCUGGGGAUCCACUGGAGCAGCGUCAUUGGUCUGGGCUGGCAGCCACUGGCAGUGGACCAGGCAGGGGCUCGGUGCUGGGAAGCCUGCUGUUUGAAGCCCUCCUGCGGUGCCGUGUGGAGCCUCGGUGGACGCUGUGUGUUGCUGACCUGUAUUCAAACGAAGGGCUGCGCCAUUAGGUCACUUCCUCAGCCGUAUGUAGAAUCUCUGGGGCUUCUGCAGCAUCUGAACACGGGCAUGCGCAGGAAGAGAGACGUUCGCAACGCUGAGGAUGUCAGAGUAAUCAGGGAGACGGAGCAUGACAUACAGGAGCUGUCUGCUAAACCCACAGUGCCACUGACCACAUCCCAUGAUGCAGCUCUUCCACAUACAGCUGGUGAGACCUCCAUCCAGUCCACCAGUGACAGUGACGAACAGGAAGCUGUCUCAGCAUCUGAGCAAAAUUCAACACUGGAUGCAGACACUGGAGAUCAUUCAGCAUUAAACAACAGUAAUCAGUCGCCACAGUCCACGUCUGACACCCAUUCAGUGACUUCACCAACAAAACCAGCUGUGCGAGAGCUGGUCGUGUCUGCUGGCAACAAUGUGGAGGUCACUUUACCACACAGUGAGGUGGAGCUGAAUGCUUUUGUAGUGCCAGCGCCCCCUUCAGGGACAAACUAUGAAUUUGACUGGCGUUUGAGGACACAUCCAAAAGACUAUAGUGGAGAAAUGGAGGAUAAACACAGCAAGACGCUUAAGCUCAGUAAGCUGACAGUGGGUCUCUAUGAGUUUGAGGUGGUAGUGGAUGGUGACGGUGCACAUGGGGAGGGAUACGUCAAUGUUACUGUCAAACCAGAGCCACGAGUGAAUAAGCCACCUGUUGCUGUGGUUUCUCCAAAGUACCAGGAAAUCUCCUUGCCUACAAGCUCCACUGUGAUUGACGGAAGUCAGAGUACUGAUGAUGAUAAAGUGGUGUCAUGGCAUUGGGAGGAAGUGAAGGGGCCGCUCAGAGAGGAAAAGGCCUCAGGUGAUACUGCUGUUCUCACCCUCACCAACCUGGUUCCCGGUAACUACACCUUCAGACUCACAGUGACUGACUCGGAUGGAGCUCAGAAUUCAACCCAAGCCAUGUUGUUAGUCAACAAGGCCACGGACUACAAGCCUACAGCUAAUGCUGGACCCAACCAAGUGAUCACACUGCCACGCAACUAUAUCACACUGUACGGAAACCAAAGUACUGACGACCACGAGAAUCUGUCCUAUGAAUGGUCACUCAGCCCUGAGAGCAAGGGCAAGGUGGUGGAGAUGCAGGGUGUGAGGACGCCCACUCUGCAGCUUUCUGCCAUGCAGGAGGGUGACUACACCUUUCAGCUGACCGUCACAGACUCGUCUGGCCAGCAAGACACGGCUCAGGUCACUGUCAUUGUCCAGCCAGAGAAUAACAAGCCCCCCGUAGCGGAUGCCGGUCCAGACAAGGAGCUGACGCUGCCGGUCGAUCGUACCACGCUGGACGGGAGCAAGAGCAGCGACGACCAAAAAAUUGCCACGUACCACUGGACAAAAACCAAGGGCCCAGAAGGGGUGAAAAUUGAAAAUGCGGACACUGCGGUUGCCAUGGUGACCGGUCUGCAGAAGGGCGAGUACAUUUUCAUGCUGACAGUGACGGAUGAAAGGAUGCUGGAGAAUUCGGAUAUGGUCUCUGUCAUCGUCCGAGAAGAGGAUGAUCAGCCACCUGUUGCCAAAGUCCUGUCCAGUCCUCCGAUCACUCUUCCCGUCCGUACAGCAGUUCUGGAUGGUUCUCGCUCAUCAGAUGAUAAGGGUGGCAUCAGCUACCUCUGGACCCGUGAAAACAGUAGCCCGGCUGCAGGGGAUGUCCUGAAUAACUCUGACCACCAGGCAGUGCUUUUUCUUGGUAAUCUAGUGGAAGGGAAGUACACUUUCACCCUGACUGUAACUGAUAGUAAGGGAAAGACCAAUACUGACAGUGGCACUGUAGAGGUUCGACCAGAUGUUUAUGAGCGAGACUUGGUGGAGCUAAUCCUAGAAGUUGCUGUGGCCCAGGUGUCCCACAGACAGAAGGAUAUGUUCAUCAGGCAGGUUGGCGUCCUCCUGGGAGUCCUGGACAGUGACAUCAUUGUGCGAGAGAUUAGCGCCUUCAAUGAGCACAGCACUCGCCUGGUAUUUCUGGUAUCUGGAGGUCCUGGACGCCCUCCAUUGACUGGCCAUAGUGUUGCAGUGGAACUACGCAACAAAUUUCGCAAGCAAAAAAAUGAAUUCCUUAUCUUUAGGGCCCGACGAGUGGACACAGUUAUCUGCCAGCUGAACUGCUCCAGUCACGGGGAAUGCGACUCCUUCACCAGACGAUGUGUGUGCCACCCGUUCUGGAUGGAGAAUUUAUUCAGUACUUAUUUUGGGGAUGCUGAGAGCAACUGUGAAUGGAGUGUUUUAUAUGUGACGAUAGCAUCAUUCAUGACCAUAGUUGGCAUAGCGACUGUAAUAUGGGGUAUUGUGUGCUGCUGUCGAAGACGGAAAAGCAAAGUGAGACGAAAGAGCCGCUAUAAAAUGCUGGAGGAGGAUGAACAAGAGACUCUGGAAUUACAGUUACCAAGACCUGGUCGCUUAAAGCCGGCUCCUGCUCCCACAUCCUCCGCGCUCAUGCACUCCGAUUCUGAUCUGGAAAGCGAUGACGGCCAGGCAGGUAUCCCGUGGUCCGAUCGAGAGCGCGGAAAACUCCUGCCACCCCAAAACGGAUCUCUGCGUAACGGCCAAGGUCCUCAUAAACACAAAAAACAUAAAGAGGAGCGGCUUUAGCAAACAAACCAAACCUCUCGUAUCGCACCAACGCACUGUUCACCCCUCAUCCACGACACGUAAUUCAGGAGGGACCUGCAGGACUUUCAGGUUGAAUCGCAGCCCAGUCUGAGCCAAAAUGAAAAUGCGUUUAAACCCGAAUGGUCAGAUCUGUAGAGCCAUGCACCUCAAAAGACAAUGAGAAUGUUCCUGCUUCACUGAAGAGAUUUAUGUAACCGGCGGAAAGGGUUGAGCAUUUCAAAGUAGCUCUCUGAGAAACUUUUCCCCACCAGAAUGUCUCAUCACACCGCGGAUAACUGAGCCUGCCUCACUGCCCCCUUCCUACGAAGCUUCCAGAUAUGACAGGCAGCCUGUCGCAUCCAAACACUGCCUGGCAUGUCUUAAUAAUUUGUGUAUUUUUAUUUGUGCUAAUAAUGCAGAGAGUGAGUCCUAAGGCACCCAACAUGACUGCAUGAGAAGGCAAGAUUUGGUUACCCUUGUUUAUUUUUCAUGGUUUGCAUGUAUUAAAUUGAGACGUGUGUGUGCUACUCUGCGUGGCUGUAUGUCAAAGGUGCAUUUUUGCCCCUUUAAACACCAGCAAAAGUGGCGUCUGCAGCAUAAUAGCUAUGUUUGUCAGGGGUUUCUUUUCUUUACGGAGGAAUAUCGUACACUGGAAAUUGUAUUGGAAGUUGCACUGGAGCUGGAAUAUGACAGGAUGGGGUCUGGAUUACUCAAACUGGAAACAGCCGCCAACUGAUAAAUCAUGUUUGUUACACUUGCUACACGCAUUAGUACUGCAUUUUACUCUCUUUGGCUUUCUGAUGAUUGCUGAUUCAUCAGAAAUCAUCAUUUGGUUUUAAAAUGCUUUCAGCUCAGCCACUUCAGCUCCAAUGUUACUUGAUGGUUUAUUAUGAAAAGGUUGAAUGUUAUCUAAAUUAUGUGUGUGCUAAUUAUUUUUUAUUUUUUCCCCUCCCUACAUGUCUGAGUCUUGCAGAUUUUGAAUGCAUGGGGAAAAUGAAGGGAUUUUUUUUUUGUUUUGUUUUUUUUUAAAUCCAUGCUUUUUUGUUGUUUUAAGUGAAGAAUUCCCUGUUUCAUGUGACUUGUUCUAACACAACUGGAGUAAAUAAAAAGAAAAUAUAUUUA